AUGGCUUUGGUGGUAUUCUUCUUGGCCGUUUUCUCCUUCAUUGUCAUCUACUUGAGACUACGACGUCUCCUUCACUUUCACAAGAGAAAAGAAGCGACGCAGCUUCUGCAUCAUGCAACGUCCACAGAUGCUUCUCCGGCGGCGGUGGAAGCACCUCCACCGUCGCUCAUCUCCUCGUCUCCGCCACUGUGGAAAUACGAUGUGUUCCUCAGUUUCAGGGGAACAGAUGUACGCAAAGGAUUCCUCAGCCAUCUCUACAAAUCUCUCACCGACAAAGGGAUCCACACUUUCCGUGACGAUACAGAGCUCCAGCGAGGGAAUUUCAUCAGCUCCGCGCUCUUGGAAGCCAUCGAACAGUCCAGAUUCGCCGUCGUCGUGCUCUCCGAGAACUACGCUACUUCCCGCUGGUGUUUACAAGAGCUUGUGCACAUCACUAAGAACAAACACAUCGAAUUGAUCCCCGUCUUCUACGGCGUCGAUCCUUCACACGUCAAGAAACAAUCCGGAAACUUCGCCAAGGCCUUCGCUGAACACGACAAGAGACCUGACACCGAUACGGUCAAAACAUGGAGAGAAGCUAUGGCCAAAGUUGGAUUGAUCUCCGGCUGGGAUUCCAGAAACUGGAACGAGGAGUCGAAGCUUAUUGAGGAUCUUGUUCAAGAUCUUUCAGAGAGAAUAUUCUCACCGGCGUCUUCGAGUGAUACCGGUGAAUUGAUCGGAAUGAGUACACACCUGAGAAGUAUAUAUCCUCUGAUGAGAAGAGACCCUCAUGAUUCCCUAAUGGUUGGAAUUUGGGGAAUGGGAGGUAUUGGCAAAACCACCAUCGCAAAACAUGUCUACAAAGUCUUCUCCAGAGAGUUCGAUGGUGGUGCUUGCUUGCUAGGGAAUGUGAAGAGAGAGUUUAGACGGUACGGUCCAUCGCAUUUACGUGAGAAGAUCUUGUCAGAAAUCUUUCGCAAGAAAGAUAUGAACACAUGGAAUAAAGAUUCCGAUGUGAUGAAGCAGCGAUUACGCGGCAAAAAGGUUCUUCUCGUCCUCGAUGAUGUUGAUGACGUACAACAGCUAGAAGAAUUGGCUGGAAGCACUCAGUGGUUCGGACCAGGAAGCAGAAUUGUUGUAACCACUCGAGACAGGCGUGUUCUUGACCAGCAUGACGUGGAACGCGUCUACGAAGUCAAGCCGCUGCGGACUACCCAAGCACUUCAGCUUUUUAGUAAGCACGCCUUCAAGAAGCCUCGUCCUUGUGAAGAGUACAGAGAGAUUUCGAUCGACGUUGUGGAGCAGCUCGGUGGUCUUCCAUUAGCUCUUCAAGUUGUUGGAGGGUCUCUGUACCGCCGGGAGCUGGAGUUCUGGGAAGACAAACUUGAUUUGUUGAGAAAUAACAGCGACGAUGCUUUGUUGAAGGCGUUAAGAGUAAGUUAUGAGGCACUGGAUGAGCUAGAGAAGAAGAUCUUUCUUUACAUUGCGCUUUGUUUCAACGGUGUAUACAUGGACAGAGUUAAAAAAGUACUAGACCUGUUUUUCGUGUCUUCCAGGCGCAGAACAUUGCCGACCAGACCGAGCAUUGUGUCUCUGAUGGAGAAGUGUAUGAUUAGCCUUUCAAACACAAAACGGCUAUGGGUUCAUGACUUGCUCCAGGACAUGGCCGAGGACAUUGUAUGCGAAGGAAAUGAUGAGAAGCCAUGGAAACGUUUGAUGCUGUGGGAUUAUGAGGAUAUCAAUCAUGUUUUCUCCACCAAUGAGGGAGACGAAGCAAUUGAGGUGGAAAGCAUAUUUGUGGACAUGUCUAAUGGGAAUGAGCUUAACAUAACUCCUGGAAUCUUUGAGAAGAUGCCAAAUCUCAAGCUGCUUAAGUUUCAUACUAAUUCCAGCGUUGGAGAAAGCAGGACAAGGAUGUCAAAUGGUCUUGACUACCUCCCGAAGCUGCGAUAUCUUCGCUGGGAUGCUUGCAAUCUGAGAUCGUUACCGUCUCGGUUUUGCACUAGCUUUCUAGUUGAACUCAACCUCUCUCACAGCUCAAUAGAAACAGUUUGGAAUGGAACUCAGCAAGAUCUUGCAAACUUACGGAACCUAAACCUCACAAGCUGCAAACACCUUACUAAGUUUCCAGACCUUUCCAAGGCGACUAAUCUUGAGACACUGAAGCUUUCCAAUUGUGAUAAUUUGGUGGAGAUCCCUGACUCUUCUCUUAGACACCUCAACAAACUCGUCCAUCUAAAACUGAGCAACUGCAAGAAACUAAGGAGCCUCCCAAACAACAUCAACUUAAAAUCCCUCAAGUGUCUCCAUCUGGACGGAUGCUCUAGCGUAGAAGAGUUUCCAUUAAUCUCAGAGACAGUAGAGAAGUUGCUACUGAACGAGACAAGUAUCCAGCAAGUACCACAAUCAAUCGAACGCCUCUCUCGUCUCAAAGAGCUACGUCUCUCUGGCUGCAAGAAGCUAAUGAAUCUCCCAGACUGCAUCAAGAACUUGAAGUCUCUGACCGAUCUCGGCCUCGCAAAGUGUCCCAACGUUACAUCAUUCCCAGAAGUCGGGACAAAGAUAAGAUGGUUGAAUCUGAACGGUACAUCCAUAGAAGCAGUGCCUUCAAAUGUAGGGGAGAAAACAGAGCUUCUUUACCUCAAUAUGUCUGGCUGUGACAAGCUCGUGAACCUUCCUGGGACGAUGAGGAAACUUGAACAGCUUAAGUAUCUGUAUCUUCGUGGUUGCACUAAUGUCACAGAGUCUCCUGAGCUCGCUGCUGGGAGCAGCACAAUGAAAGCUUUGGAUUUACAUGGAACAUCAAUAACAACAUAUCAUUUAGUUGACUCCAAGAGCGAAGAGCCUCCUCAGUGUGAAGUACCCGUUAUUAGACGCUUCUUUAUGAAGAAGGUUCGAGAACACAUCAAGAAACAACCGCCACGUGCAGCUUCUUCUUGGCCAGGUGGCAGGUUUCAGAGGGUAUAUAAAACAUGGUGGGGACAAAAGAGCAAGGUGUUAGUGCAAGAGAAACUGGUAACGAUGUCGGGAGCACAAGGAGCAGAGCCGAUGGGGUCAAAGACGGCGACGACGUACGAGUCAGUGGAGGGAGGACAGAACAAGACGAAGCUUGAUAUAAGGUCAAAGGAAGACGAAGGUGGGAUUCAGGUUGAUAAGCUUCAAGACAAGGUCACUGAUGCUGCUGGUUUAGGCGGACCUGUGUUCGGUGCUGGUAAAGACGAUAAGAAGCAGGAUCUUGGUGUUACCGGCACCGGCUAG